AAGCCUUCCCAAAUCACAAGGGAACAGUUUCCGUGACGUCCACCGGAAGCGGAGCAGACGCAAACGCAUCACGUAAAACCAAACAGAUGCCAGCACACUGAGCACACACACAGGGCCACAGAGGACACCGUCUACAACCGUACCUGGAACCGCUUCUCCAAGCCCGAGAGCCGUCUCUGUAGCUCCGUGGGGGGAUGCCUGUGAGAGGCCGAAACGACACAAAGUAACGACCCACCUAGACGACCCUAGUUAGUUAACUCAAAGAUUAAUCCUGUCAUUUUACCGUCAGUCGGGAAACUUGUCUCAACGAACGUCUGCCUCACACAAAAGCUCCAGUAUGGCCCAGGAGACCAAUCAGAGCCCAGUUCCUAUGCUCUGUGCCACCGGCUGUGGUUUCUAUGGCAACCCUAGGACAAACGGCAUGUGCUCUGUGUGCCACAAGGAGCACCUGUCGAGGCAGAACAACGGAGGAGUUGGUUCCCUGAGUGCUGUGGGAUCCAACAGUAGCUCCACUGCUGAGGUCUCUGCCAUUCAGAGGUUAGAGGCCACCCUGAACAAUGCUGCAGCUGCUGCAGUCGCUGCUGCAGAGGAGGCAGCUGAGGCGGCCGCCGCCUCCGAUGCUGCGGGCACCAGCGCUCUCAGCGGGAGCUCGCCUGCUUUUGCCGUAACACAACAAAUGACUGAAAUGAGCCUCUCGUCUGAGGAGAAGGCAGCAUCAGGAAGCAAAGCACAAGAUGUGGAACCAAUCGUGAGCCAGCCGGCCGUCUCCGUCUGCAGUCCCUCCACUGCUGGCAGUGAAGAAGACAAAACCCCCGAGCCGCAAAAACCCAGGAAGAACCGUUGCUUUAUGUGCCGCAAAAAGGUCGGCCUUACAGGUUUCGACUGCCGCUGCGGGAACGUUUUCUGUGGAAUUCACCGUUACUCAGACAAGCACAGCUGCCCGUACGACUACAGAGCCGAGGCCGCCGCCAAGAUCCGCAAGGAGAACCCCAUGGUGGUCGCCGACAAGAUCCAGAGAAUAUGAGCGGGCUCUGCCGGACUUUGACUAUGGAUCAGCGUUUGAAAGAAUGGACCUGAGGACCCCCCUCCCCCUGUAGUUUCCCGCUCCACCCCUCCUUUGUUACACGUCGAGGACUUGAGUGUUGGGGUUCCUGUGUCUGCUGUGUUUGUGUGAGUUUGAACCGCUGCUGCUUCCUUUUGGAUGAAGCGUGGAGCCCCCCCACACCACUCGGGGAGUUCUGAACAUACCUGAAGUUGGCUGGAGGGGGCGCUUCCUGCUGCCGGCGGCCCCCUCCCUCUCAGCUCUGCUUGCUCUCUGCUGGCUUGAGUAGCAAAAUGGAUCUUUUUUGGUUUUUCGGUCUUUGGUCGUGUGGGUUUGGAGUCCCCCCUCCCGCCACAACCCAUCCUCAGUUUUGCAGCGUAUGAGAGGUUGUUGCUGGCGUGGUUUUCUCUGCCGUUGAAGCUGUGACCACCACCCCCAUCAUGGACUUUUUUUGAUUUUUCCUGAUCCGUCCACUGAAGUCACAACCUCCUCCUGUGUUUGUUUGAGUUAGUUUCUUCCGUUUCACGUGUGACAUGCAGCUUGUCUUUAUUCAUUCUUUCAUUUUCAUGAUUGAAUUGUUUCGGGAUGCAGAUGUUUGUGGGCACAGGAGUGACAGUGGGGGGGUUCACUGCGAUGUGUUCUUGUAGGUUUUAAAAUACACCUUUCAGGUUUUGGUUUUUGAUCUGCCUGCUUUGAUUUUUUUUUAACCCUUUUAGUUGGUACAAAUCUUUGUAUUUAUAUACUGCAGUGUGUAAUCUGACAACAAUAAAGUCUGGUGUAAAUGAA